AUGGCGACUGCGAAAUCGGUCAAGGACGUCUCACCUCACGAGUUUGUGAAGGCUUACUCCGCCCAUCUCAAGCGAUCAGGCAAGAUUGAUAUUGUUUGGGUUUUAGACAUUGUGAAGACUGGUAGGUUCAAGGAGCUUGCCCCUUAUGAUCCAGAUUGGUAUUAUAUCCGAGCUAGUUCCAUGUCAAGGAAGAUAUACCUGAGACAGGGUCUUGGUGUUGGUGCCUUCCAAAGGAUUUAUGGUGGAAGUAAGAGGAAUGGAAGUUGUCCACCUCAUUUCUGCAAAAGCAGUGGGGCUGUUGCUCGUCACAUUCUUCAGCAAUUGCAAAUGAUGAACAUUAUUGACAUUGAUGUGAAGGGUGGGAGAAGAAUCACAUCCAGUGGCUAA